AUGAGCACCCCUGCCCCAGCCGGCUGCAAAAUCAAAGCCCUGCGCGCCAAGACCAACACGUACAUCAAGACACCGGUCAGGGGCGAGGAGCCCGUUUUCAUUGUGACUGGGAGGAAGGAGGACGUGGAGAUGGCGAAAAGGGAGAUCCUCUCGGCCGCUGAGCACUUCUCCAUGAUCCGAGCGACGCGCAACAAAGUGAACGGGCUGACGGGAGCGAUGCAGGGGCCCCCCAACCUGCCGGGACAGACCACCAUCCAGGUGAGGGUCCCGUACCGUGUGGUGGGGCUGGUGGUGGGGCCCAAGGGAGCCACCAUCAAGCGGAUCCAGCAGCAGACGCACACCUACAUUGUGACGCCCAGCAGGGACAAGGAGCCUGUCUUCGAGGUGACAGGCAUGCCCGAGAACGUGGACCGGGCUAGGGAGGAGAUUGAGGCACACAUCACCAUGAGGACAGGCUCCUUCAUCGACGUUAAUGCCGACAACGACUUCCACUCCAACGGCACUGAUGUCUGCCUCGACCUGCAGGGCAGCACGGCCAGCCUGUGGGCCAAAGCCCCCCACCCUGCCCGCCGCCCCUCGGCCGCCCUCCGCAACGACAGCCUCAGCCCCCUAGGCAGCGCCUCCACUGAGUCCUACUACAGCGGGCGGGUGGCGGACGCCAGCCCCACCAGCCCUUACAGCACCAGCAGCGGCUUCACCUUCAGCGAGCCCCCGGCCCCUCUGGGCUCGGAGGAGUGCGACUUCGGCUUCGACUUCUUGGCCCUCGACCUCACGACACCCACCACCAUCUGGUCACCCUUCGAGCGCUCAGGCAACCCCUUGCAAGCCUUUAGCAGCUGCUCCUCCAUCAACGGCUCGCAGAGACGCAACAGCGGCACGGCCACGCCGCGCCACUCGCCCACCCUCCCCGAGAGCGGCGGCGUGGCCCUGGACCACCCCUUAGCGCGCCGCAUCCCGAGCGACCCCGUCAGCACCUUGUCCUGGCUGCCCACCCCAGCGUCCUCGGGCCCGGCCGCCCUCCUCUGGUUUUGGGUCGUGUAUUCUGCCGGUCUGUAUGUCUGCCAGUGGUUUGCUUUUCAGCAGCCUUUUACCCUCUGCUUCCCGCGCGCCGGGGGCACGGACCCUCCUGCAAACCCCGUGGCCACGCUGUGA